UUGAAAGGCAUAAAUAACAGCAGGAGUGAUCUAACCCUAUACAGCCCAUCUUCUACGUGCAAAAAAAGCGUGCAGAGGACGGCCAGAUCUCCUACUGAAAACAAGUGGAUCUCUGUGGAUAAGAUCGCCGGGCAGCCAUGGAAGAACUUACAGCUUUUGUAUCCAAAUCUUUUGACCAGAAAAGCAAAGAGAGCAGCAGCAGCACUAGCAGCAGCGGCAAGAAGGAGACUAUCACGUACAGGGAAGUUUUGGAGAGUGGGUUGGCUCGAUCUCGGGAGCUUGGAAACUCUGACACUAACCUGCAGGACAUUACUGAGAGUAGCAACCAUUGCCCGGUGCAUCUUUUCAAAGACCAUGUAGAGAGUGACAAGGACAAACUGAAAGAGUUCAGCACGGGCAGGACGUCGGAAGGGAUCUACGAGUGCAAAGAGAAGAGGGAAGACGUGAAGUCAGAAGAUGAAGAUGGACAGACCAAGCUCAAACAGAGGAGAAGCAGAACCAAUUUCACACUAGAGCAGCUGAAUGAGCUGGAAAGACUUUUUGAUGAGACUCACUAUCCAGAUGCCUUCAUGAGGGAGGAACUAAGCCAGAGGCUGGGACUCUCUGAAGCUAGAGUUCAGGUCUGGUUCCAGAACAGGAGAGCCAAGUGCCGAAAGCAGGAGAAUCAGAUGCAUAAAGGCGUGAUCCUGGGAACUGCCAGCCAUUUAGACGCCUGCCGAGUGGCCCCUUAUGUGAAUAUGGGAGCCCUGAGGAUGCCUUUCCAACAGGUCCAAGCGCAGCUGCAGCUGGAAGGCGUGGCCCACGCCCACCCCCACCUCCACCCGCACCUGGCGGCCCACGCGCCCUACCUGAUGUUCCCCCCGCCGCCCUUCGGCCUCCCCAUCGCCUCUCUGGCCGAGUCCGCCUCCGCCGCCGCGGUGGUGGCCGCCGCCGCCAAGAGCAACAGCAAAAACUCCAGCAUCGCCGACCUGCGACUCAAGGCCAGGAAACACGCCGAGGCGCUGGGGCUCUGACACUUCCCGCCCUGCUGCGCGCGCGCGCGCGCCCGCGCGUGGGGGGGGGGGGGAGUUGCGCGCGCGAGGUCGGGACGCCCGCGCCGCUCCCUCGUGCCCUCCGCCCCGCCCCGCCCCGGCCCGGCGUGGCUCUCUGCGCGCCCCAGGCCCGCGUGCGGGGACCAGGCUCGCUGGCUUUGGGAAGGCCUGCAAGUACUUUGAACGACCAUCGCACGACCCCCUCCUCCCCUCCCCCCCCACAUGUCCCCAGUCCCUCCUCCCCUCCCCCUUCGCGAUCAAAGCCUUCGCAUCCCCCCCGGCUCGUGUGAAGACUGCGGGGGCCCAGUCGCCUGUCCUUCUUUUUUUGUUUUUCAGGCACCUAGGGCUCCCCGGGUAAAACUGCUCCCCCCAGGUGCGAUGGUAGGGUGAGACCAUCCCGAGCUGCCAUCAGAUCAAACACACGCACACACGCACGCAAAGACUUUCCGGAGGAUAAAGUAGGUGGGGAACCAAAAUCUUUCAAUGAUGCUAAUCUGUGACCUGUGGGACAUUUGGAUUUUGACGCUAGAAAAAGUGAUCACAUCAGCGUGAGGUCGUCGGCUGCCGUCAGUUCUGCGACCAUGUGCAUGUGUCUGACUCAACGCAUCUUGAAGAUCGUCACAUCUAUUAAAACAAAGCAAACAAACAAAAAUAAUCAUAAUACAAAAAGAUCCUUGGGGCUGGUCUCCAUUAAAGAUGACAUUUCUUUGUUGCCAACAGUAUUAUUUCACUGCCAUGAAUAUCUUCCAUCGCUGAGGAGCUGCUGCUGCUGCUGCAGGACUGGUUUAAAUUUAAAUGUGGAAUUUCAGAUUUGAGGCGAGGCAGUUUUUUUUCUUCAAAAAAAAAAAAGCAGCAAUAACAAAAAAAUGUGUCUCAAAUGGCUAAAAGUCUUUUGGAAGGAAGGGGAAAAAAAUACAGACUAGAAUUUACUAAUCACCAGUGGUGACUUGAGUGAUGGGAACAAUAUGAAUGCACCUGCUUCACCCAGAAUCACCUGAACUAGCUGAGAUGCAUUGUGCCAUAGGAGCAGGUCGAUUUUCUGAUUUUUUCUCCCUAAUGUCUGGAUCUUUGAAUUGAAAUCUUGCUCUUUUACAGGAUAUAGAAAGAAUGACUCGCACAACAAAGAUGGACAUAUGGUUUUAAGGCAUAAUACUGAUGCAGCAUUACUUUUAGUGAAAUGCAAUUAAGUGCAGUAAAGUGCAAUACUGUAAAUAUUAUAGAUUAAAAAAUAGCCGUACAUUCUUAUUCUGUUAAUAACCAUUUCUGCAAGAACCAUAACUUAAGUCCUUUAUGCUCAGACUGGGUACAUUGCAGUUUAGUGCCAAAAUGACAGUCCGGGUCUUCUAGGAAUGGAUAAAAAUAUAUGUAUCACAUAUGGAAAAAGAUAGAUACUAUGAUUUCUAGUCAAGUUAAUGUGCCAUAUUUCUGGGAAGUAAGAUGAACAGCCUGUAUGACAUUUUUGCAAUCAUUUUAAACAAAACAAAACAA